UGUCAUUUUGGCUCCGACAUGUAGCAGUUGUUAGACUCAGUCAAACAUAAUAAUAGUCUAGGAAAAGAAGGUAUAAAAAUUAUUUAAAUUAUAGUUGAAAGUAGGAAAGAGAAAAAGGUAAAAUGACGUAUAAGAAAUUGCUGUUUGUGUGCAUGGGCAACUCGUGCAGUUCGCCAAUGGCCGAGGCUAUAAUGCAGAAUCUGAUGGCGAAGACCAGUCUUUACUGGGAAGUGGAUAGUGCUGGUUUGAGGACAUGGAACACUGGACGCAGGCCACAUAAACGAUGUCUGCAAAUUCUACGCGAACACGGACUGCGAUCCGAUCACUUUUGUCGUCAGUUUACUGUGAAUGAUUUUCGCUACUUUGACUACGUUGUGGCCAUGGAUGAAGCUGUCUACAAAGAGCUUUUAGUCUGGGGUACUGAUAACCGGGGAAACGAUUGUGAAGUUCUGCUUCUGAGUUCGUUUGGCAAGAAUGGUCUGCCUGCCUUUAUAGAUAGCCUGUCACCUACACACAAGCUGAAGAGCUUCCGGUCCGCUUAUUACCAGAUCAAGGAGUGCUGCAAGCAGCUCAUCCUUAGCCAAAAGGUGGACAUAGUCAAGUACGAGCUGCCCAGCACCGAUGAUGAUGAUCUCUACUACGCCAACAAGGAGCAGCAGUCGCCGCAGGAUGUCGUUGAACCGAUGCCAGAGACGAGCAAGCACAGUGGCAUGUUCCUCCUGCCCACGGAUGUGAGAUCCUCCGGCGGACUGGUGUCCUCGUCGACCGACCCAUCCAUCUCCAAAACCUCAAUGCCCUUGUGCACCCCAGGAACUCAGCGAAAAUUGUGCCAGAAAUGCGGACAAAAAUUUCUGGCGGCGCUUUAAGCUUGAAGGGGACCCAAACAAAUGAGGCAAACUCAAAGGCUUUUCAACUUACCCCAAUAUUAUGUAGCGUAUGAAAAUUAAGUGAAUCGGUGGGAAAAUAAAACUGACUGUUAUCUGGCA